AUGUGUCGAGAGCGGGUCAAGAGCUGGAUGUGGCGGCGCUCUUGGUUCGCCACAGCUCUUCUUUCAUCGUCGCCAGCCUCGAUGGGGCACUCGGGGCAGGUGCUGGCCAUGGCGUUCGUGGCGGCGCCCUUCAACGUGCUUGUCACUUCGGGCGAGAAGGAUCGAAUGCUCAGGUGCUGGGAUAUGAUUCUGAAGCCCAAGCUCGAUGCCGUCGUCGGGCCCGCCGGGAAGAGGCAGGCGAAGGCCUGCGAGCCUCAGGUCAUGCUGAAGUGGCUGCGCUCUCUCCGGUCAGGUGGUGUUGACCCUCCGCGCAGCAGUGGCGGUGGCGGCGGUAGUGGCGGUGACAGCAAAGGGAAUGGUGCCGCGGAUGUUUCCGCCAUCCUCGUGUCUGGUGGCGCCGGGGGCACGGUGAACAUUUGGCAGCUCACGGCGAAGCACUUGGAAAUCCUCAACACUCUCCCGGGGCAUACCGGAGCUGUCACCUCGGCGUGCGUCCUGCCGCACCCGGAGGUUUUCGUGACUGGCUCGCUGGAUGCCGACAUCCGCGUGUGGGCAACGAAGACCUACAAGUUCAAGCGCGUCAUGAAGGGUCACAGCCGAGGCGUUGUCACCAUCGACUAUAGCCCCACUCAGCGGGUCAUAGUCAGCGCGGGAUUCGACCACGACAUCCUCGUCUGGAGCCCUGUUGCAGGACAGGUCAUAUGUCGGCUGUCGGGCCACGGGUGCUCCCUUGUUGCGGCCAGGGUCAGCGCCGUUUCGUCGGACGUCAUCUCAGUCUCCAUGGACGGCAUAAUUAAGGUGUGGGACUCGGCCAACUUCAAGUGCGUUCAGACGAUUCACUCCCACCGUCAGCAGGAGAAGAGACCGGGGGCUCCGUCGUCGUCCGCCGGUAGAGGUGGUAAGGGCGCGGGGCACGGAGGCGGCGGCGGGAAGAUGCAAUGGGGAAAAGCCAGCCAGGACGGUGGGGAGGCGAAAACGAAAAGCAAGGCCUCGCUCGCACCCGGCGGUUGUGGCGUUGUAGACCUUUUCCUGUUCGAGGGUGAGACCAGCCGUCUUCUCGUGUGUCGCGGCACCGAGCUGGACUUUCACGACAACGGUCGGGCGGGAGAAAAGGACGUCACCGACAGCAACCAGACGAUAGACGUCAUGUACCACUCGGAGACGGGAACUUUCGCUUCCGUGGCGUCCACAGGGAUCAAGCUUUGGGACGCUAGAACAGGAAGGUUAACGAGAGUCUAUGGCGUUCCUCCUCGGCCGGCCACGUUUUCCUCCGGCGGUCGAUGGGCCAAACGAAGGCGGGCAGGGCUAGGAGCGGCGGGGGGCGUAGGUUUCUCCCGCGUCGUCGAUGUUAAUGGCGACUGCGGCGACGCUGAAGGUACCGGCCGUUUUCGCGGGGUGGAGGCAGGCGAAGCUGAGGAGAUCACGAGCGCGUGCAUUGACUCUCGCGGGCACCAGAUUGUCAUGGGUUUCAACACGGGACGCGUGGCGUGUGCACGGUACCUCACGGGACGGCUCGUGGGACAGCUGGACUUCCAUCCCGGGGAGAUCAUGGUUCUGGACCCUGCGUUGGAGGCCAUCCGCAUGGAGAGAUCCAACCAGAUCGUCGAAGGCACGGUGGUGAACGUUGCAAGCGCCGUGAAGCAGCUGAUGGUCGGUGCAAAAAUCCUGCGCGCGAAGAAGACCUUUCUGACGACGCUUGAGUCUUUCCGAGGGCGUAACUGGAGAAGCGACUCGAACCGCGGCGGUACGGCUGGAGAAGCUACAGCAUGGAGCGGGGCACCGACAAUCACAACAGUCACGGACACCAACAGCAGCACUAGUACGCUGCUUACUCGAGAGGGGGGAGGGACAGGCAUGCCGUCGGGGGUUUCCUCAAACAUGGGAGGACAACCACCGGGAGGAGGAGGACAAGGAGAAGGCGGUAGAGCAACACUGCGCGGGAAGAGCGACAGCAAUAUGUUCAUCGACAACGACAAUAGCACCAGCGCUUCUGGAAAUGAUAGAACAAGCGAACGUCAGAUCGUUGCAAGGUCUGGCAAGGGCAACCACGGCAACAACGCCAAAAGCGUCCGAAUCGCCGGCGUCGGUGGAGUUAUCGCGGAAGGCGCCGACUUCACCGACGAAGACAGGGAAGUGGCACAACAAGCGGGCGGCGGCAAGGUCGAAGAGCUGAGGUCGCCUCGAGCAGUAGCAGAAGCACCUACUGGUGCUGCUGCCACCGUCGGGGGGAUGACGCCAACACCACCUGUGGGGCAGAAACCGCGACCGUCGUCCUCGUCCUUGUUCAAUAAGAAGUUCGCCAAGCGCUUCUUGCGCAGCGGCGGCGGCGGGGGCGGCAGCAGCAGCAGCAGGAGUGACAGGCUGCGACAACGCGACGGAGAAGAUCAGGAGAGUCCCCUCCGCCGUCGCCGCCGGCACGUUCAAGGCGGCACCGGCGGGGAAGGGCAAGGACACGACGGCGGUGGAGCCAACAACAAAGGCGGGGGUUACGCAGGAGGGAAGAAAAUAGAUGGACGGGGUGGGGGCGGUAGGAAGGGGGGGAAAGAUGCACAGGUGAACAUUGGGAGCCGGUUCAGGAGCCACAUCACGACCGUGGCCGUCAGUCACAUGUACCAGCUAGCUGCAACGGGUUCUCUGAAUGGCAACGUGAUCGUGUGGGACGUGCAGAGGGGGCCGUCUACCUGCGGUCUUGCUACCCUCGAGGCCCACAACGGGUACCAGGUAAACAGCAUCUGCUUCUUAGAGCCGCAUGCUGCGCUGGUCACGUGCAACCUGGAGGGAACAAUCGCUGUCUGGCGGAUGGGCCCUGCUCCCGACCCUCUCAAAGACUAUCGCGGCUUAGGCGAGGAGAGCGGAGAACAGGGAUUCGGUGAUGACGACGACAGGAGGAUCAAUGCGACCACAACUGCCGCGGCAAGAGCAGCCGCGGGCGGCGGCGACCCUGUCGUUGCUACAAUACGCGCGGGCAGCAAGGGAAGGAGAAGGGCGACGGGCGAGCGAAUGGCGCCUUCUUCGGAAUGGCGAUGCGUCGCGCUGUUCUUCAACAACAACACCUCUCCGUCAAACGCUGCGCCCGCUUUUCCGGGGGAGGGCCUGGGAGUCGGGGGGUGUUCGCAAGGGCAGGAGGCGCCGGUCCCGGCGGCGGUGAACAGCCUGGCGUGGAGCAGCCUCGAGGAGCGACUCUUCACGGGAGACACCGUCGGGUUUGUUAAGGUGUGGGACAUCAAAGGGGCGUUGACGUCGUCAGGAACAGAGGACGAGUCGCGGCAGGUGGCCAAAACCAGCAAGGACGGAAUAAGCAAAAUGGUGCACAACGACAGCAGCAGUAUUACCAUCGACAGCAGCACGAUCAGCGGCGAGGACAAGGAGAAGGAGAAGGAGAGGAAAGAGAACGACGACAACCAACAGAAUAAUACUGCCAACAACAACUACAACGACACCAUCACCACAAGUACAACCACCACCACCACAGACAACCCUGACAACGUCAACAACAACAACGACGUCGAUAUCAAUGCCAUGGUCGCCAUGAAACACGAGGAAGAAGAAAAUGAAGGACCGGAAACCCCGUCGCACCGAGGUUCCGCCCAGUUGACAGCAUGCAUCCCUCCCCCAUCCAUGGCACCGUUAGACGCCAACCUGCGCGAUGACUUCUCUUCGCUGGGGCUGGCGGACGGCGACGCCACCAGCAGCGAUGAGGAUGACGGGAUCGGGAUGAACGGAGGGAGCAAAGCCGCAGGCACAAGCUCUUCCGCGCACGGGGAACACUCGCUUUGGUCGUCGGAGUCCAGCGAGAGCAUCAGCGGUCAAGACUACGGGGACAGAUUCGGGCGUGGCGUAGGCCUCCGGUUCGUCCGACGGCUGGACGAAUGGAGGCCCGGUAAGGAGGGCCGUCAAGAGGUGAUCAAGGUCAAGGUCUUCGAAGGUCAGGGCGUUUCCUUUCGGGGCGUGGCGAUUGUGGGUCGCGAUCGCCCCCGUCCGGGUGCCGACAACCACGGUCGUUAUCGUGGAAACAGACGACGGCCGAUGACGAAGUCUGGCACGGUGAUCGUGGUCACGAUAACGCCUGAUAAGCUCGUGAGGUUCUGGACCUCCGGUGGGGACCUUCUGGGAAGCCUCGACCAGCUCUCUUUUUCUCCACCCACCAUUUUUCUGGAUCGAUCGGCGUCUAGGACUUGA